AAUCACACCCUAAGCAAAUUAGGCCGAUUGUCAAAACCUUGGUUGGUUUAAACUAAAACCCCUCAGCAAAAACAGUGAGAGCUCAUACCAAAUAAUAGAGGGCGAAAAUGUCAGGCUUCUCUUUCGGCUCCUCCGCACCUGCCGCCGCUACACAACCGUCUUCGGGUUUCUCAUUCUCAAACCCUUCUUCUUCUUCUUCCUCUUCCUCCUCAUUCUCAUCAAACUCUCCAUUUGCAUUUGGAUCCUCCGCUCCCACCGCCUCUUCAUUCGGAUCUUCUCCUCUCUCUUCAGCAAACCCUAGCGCCCCCGCUCCGUCUCCCUUUGGCUUCGUAUCUUCUUCUCCCUCUUCAGCACCUCUCUUUGGGACCCCUUCCUCCGCGCCUGGGUCUACUCCGUCCCUCUUUGGGUCCUCCUCCACUGCCGGGUCUUUGUUUGGUUCCACUGCUGCGCCAACUUCGAGUCCUCUCCAGUUUGGAACAGCAACAUCAUCUACGCCUUCAGCUUCGCCCUUGUUUGGUUCAGCUUCGACCACGGCGACUUCAUCUUCGUCAUUGUUUGGAACAACUACUGGUCCGACCUUUCCCGCUGCGAGUUCAGGCUCUACUGCUUUCGGUGCCUCUUUAUCCAUAUCGGGAUCUAGCUCCGCCCUUCUUGGGACAUCUACUGUGACUAGUUCCGGGCCUUCUUUGUUUGGGUCAAGUUCUAGUCAGACCCUGUUCGGGGCUCCUACAUCAACACCAAGCUCUUCUUCAUCUUUGUUUGGGUCAUCAGCUGCUUCAUCUCCGUUUUCUUCCUCUUCCUUCUUUGGCUCUUCUUCGUCUUCAUCUUCUGCUUCAACCACUCCUGCAUUCCCAAACUUGUCCACGAGCAGUUCUGCUUCAAAUUCAAGCUCCGCUUCACCUUUCUCAGCGUCUUCGUCAGGGUUUUCAUUCUCUACUGCUUCGGCUUUUGGAAAGCCCUCAACAGAUUCUACCGCCACUACCGUAACUUCUUCAGCUCCUAUUGCAUCCUCGUCUACAAAUUCUUCAGCCUUCUCGUUUGGAGCUUCAGCUUCCCAGUCUCCAUUUGGGUCAGCCAAUGCAGCCUCAUCGGCCACCGCUCUUUCUAGCACACCGGCAGCGAAGCCCAGUUCAUUAUCAUUCGCAACGUCCGCAGCGCCAUCGUUUUCAACGGUGACAACAACGACCGCUUCUUCAACUCCGGCUUCUAAUAGUGCACCUCAACCUUCUUUCUCAGUGCCUGCUUUUGGAGCAACCUCUUCGUCUACUACUACUGCUGCGGGAGCCACUUCCAGCUCAGUUGCUCCAUCGACCACCUCUGGGACGUUUACUGGUUUUAGUCUAGCCACCAAAGCUGCCUCAUCUGGCACUGCUGGUUCUUCUCCGAGUUUUUCAUUGUCGACCAAAGCAACUACACCUGCUGCUGGAUCGACACAAGCACAAUCGACCUCUACUGUGCCUUCGAUUGGAGUCCCCACUUCAGCGUCUUUAGCUUUAACAACAUCCACUUCUGGCACAACUACAACUCAAACGUCAACUUCUCUUACCGUAGCAUCUAGUAGUGGAACAACCUCAAGUGUUAUCACUGCUGUAGCUGGUGCACCAAAAUUGCCAUCUGAGAUUACUGGGAAGACUGUUGAAGAGAUUAUCAAGGAAUGGAAUUUGGAGCUGCAAGAACGAACUGGAAAGUUUCGAAAGCAGGCUAAUACAAUAGCUGAGUGGGACAGGAGGAUUUUGCAGAAUCGUGAUGUUCUUCUGAGGCUUGAGAUUGAAGUGGCAAAAGUGGUAGAAACCCAAUCUAGCCUGGAGCGGCAACUGGAGUUGGUUGAGACACAUCAACAAGAGGUCGAUAAGGCUUUACAAAGCAUGGAAGAAGAAGCUGAGCGUAUUUACAAGGAUGAGCGUGGAUUACUUCUUGAUGAUGAAGCUGCUUCUACGAGAGAUGCUAUGUAUGAGCAGGCUGAGUUUAUGGAGAGGGAAUUGGAGCAGAUGACAGAACAGAUUAAAACAGUCAUCCAGACCCUAAAUUCCAACCAGGGAGGAGAGCUUGAUGCUAACGACGGUAUGAAUCCACUAGAUGUGGUUGUUAGAAUUUUAAACAAUCAGCUGAGUUCUUUAAUGUGGAUUGACGAAAAGGCUGAAGAAUUCUCCUCGCGGAUUCAGAAGCUAGCCAGCCAGGGCUCUACUGCUGAUCGCCAAUUGGCAGGCCCAAAACUUUGGAUGUCCUGAUUUUUUGUAAGGCUGUAUAGCCAAAGAAUAUGAACCUUUUAUAGAUUACUGAGAUGUUUUUACUUGAUUAUUUCAGCUUAAAUUGUAACAUUUUGAUUAUGUCCAGUUAUUGCAGGAUGUGGAUUAAUUUCUUACUGCCAUAACAUGUUAGUAAAAUUAUUACGGUGACUUCUGUUAAGCAACACCAAGAUGUUAAUACAAAAGUGAUAGAUUCGGCUUAUAAA